AUGGGUACUUGCGUAGCUGCGUCCUCGACCGCUGCUGGCCUGGGGCUUCUGUUUCUCAGUGAGUGCCACAAAUUAGAGUACCUACACAAGAGCAUCUGUACAGAGAGCAAGGACCAACAUCCAUUCCAAGCUUUUUUUUUUGUUUUCCCAUGGGUUUGGCGUGGGAGCCUUCCAAAUAUGGCUGGAAUUGAGGGUGCUUUAGCAUCUGGACUGUUGACGGUUGCAGGAAACAAGCUAGUUUCACUGAUAUCCAGUGAGUUUGCUUCCAUAACUGGUUUAAAAAAGGAUCUCUCCGAGCUCCAGGAUAUACAUACAAAGAUUAUGAGCUGGCUGUCUGUGGUUCGUGGCAGAACAAUAGACCAUGAAGCAUCUGGUCGAGGAGUGAUGAAAUUGAGAAGUCUUGCUAAUGAGAUUUAUGAUUUACUUGAUGAUGUCUACAUCGAAGAUGAGAAACACAAGGUAAAUAGUGACCAUGAUAAGCCUGCUAUAACUGACAACUUUUCUGCAAAACCGGAGUUGCUUCUGUUCCGACACAAGGUGGCCCAUAAGAUCGAUGAAAUCAAGGUGACAUUUGAUACAAUUGUGAUGGAAAAUACACUACAUAAUUUACAAGUGGAUCAACCAGUUCAAAGCAGAAACAAGGAAACAUCAGAUCAGUCUUUGUUGAGUUAUGUUGAAGAUUUAAAAAUACCAUCAAGGGAUCAUGUGAAGGCCAAUAUCAUAUCUAAGCUUGUACAACCUAACAAAGGAGAAUGUAAUCAUAUAGUUUCUAUUGUUGGGCUUGGUGGUUCUGGCAAGACCACUUUAGCCCAACAUAUCUGCCAUGAUGACAGGAUAAAGGAGCACUUCACAAAUACAAUAUUCUGGGUCCAUGUAUCGCAAGAAUUUUGCAAGGAUAAACUCAUUGUGAAGCUAUUUGAAGCUGUCGUUGAGCAAAACUCUGGUGUCCAUGCACAAGAUCAAAUGCUCCAUGCAAUUUCAAACAAAUUGAGCGGAAAGAAGUUUCUUCUUGUCUUGGAUGAUGCUUGGCACGAGGAUAGGCAAGAAUGGGAAAAUUUCAUGGUUCUCCUAAAUAAUGGUGCCUAUGGAAGCAAGAUUCUUCUAACUACUCGCAACCAAAGUGUUGCGGAAGCUGUGGAAUCAGAGGAUGUAUUCAAAUUGCCAUUCUUCUUAGAGGAUGAGAGCUGGAGCUUCUUUCUAAACAGUUGUGGUUGGGUGGAACAAGAUUUGGAUUCUUCUUAUAUUCAAGUUGGAAAAAAUAUCGUGAAGAAAUGUGGUGGGGUGCCACUAGCAAUAAAAACUCUUGGAUCUGUUCUCCAUGAAAACAGAACAAUAAAUACUUGGAGAGCCAUAAGAGAGAAUAAUCUAUGGGAAGAAGAGAAUAUAGAAGGCAGAGUGUUUGCAUCCUUGACACUGAGCUAUAUUUACUUGAAAGAUCAUCUAAAGGAGUGCUUCACAUUUUGCUCCAUAUUCCCCAAAGGCUACAAAAUCAAUAAAGACUACUUGAUUGAACAAUGGAUUGCCCAUGGAUUCAUCAAGCUGAAGAAUGAAGAGCUGGCACAUGAUAUUGGAAAUGAAUACUUUGAUGCUCUUAUGAAAGCUGGAUUUCUUCAAAGUCCAGUUGAAACUUGGCCUGAAAAAAGUGUAGAAUGCGAGAUGCAUGACCUGAUUCAUGAUCUUACUCGUUAUAUUUUACAGUAUGAAGUGAUGGCAUCUCUACCAAAGAACAUGACUACACAUAACUGGUCACAAAAAUGCAGAUAUUUGUCGUUGAUGUCUUGCAGUGAGAAGGUUGAGGGGGGCCUAUUUGACAAAGUCCGUGCUGUAUAUGUCUCUGGAGGUAACCCGUCAUUUGAUAACCAUGAGAUUUGCUAUAUCCGCAGUGUUGUUCUAGACUAUGCAGUUGAUACUCUAUUUCCACAAUUCAUACUGAAGUUAGAACAUCUUGGAUAUCUUGAAAUCCAUCAACUUACAUGCACAGAACUUCCAGAGGCUAUAUCAGGCUGUUGGAACUUGCAGUCACUCCAUUUUAUUAGUUGCAAAGGUUUUGUGGUGUUACCUAAAUCUAUUGGCAAGCUUAAGAAGUUAAGAACUCUAGAGCUGAAUGAUAUUACAGAUCUUGAGAGUUUACCUGAGUCCAUUGGUGAUUGUCAAGAUCUUCAGUUCUUACAACUAAAUUACUGUGGAAAGCUCAGAGACAUACCGAGCUCCAUGGGUAGACUGGGGAACCUAAGGGUGCUUCAUAUACUCAGAUGUUCAUCUUUGCAACUUCCUUCAGAAUUCAAUGGUGAGUUAAGCAACUUACAGACAGUCAACUUACAUGGUUGUUGGGGUCUCCAAGACCUACCAAGCACAUUUGCCUGCCCGAUGCUUCGUACUCUCCACCUUUCUGAAACCAAAGUUACUGUGCUUCCCCAAUGGGUUACAUCGAUUGGUACUCUAGAGCAUAUAGACCUUCAUAAUUGCAAGGAGUUGGUGGAGUUGCCUAAAGGUAUAGCUAACUUGAAAAAUCUUGAGGUUUUGAAUCUAGUGGGUUGCAGCAAACUACAAUGCAUGCCAUCGGGAUUUGGCCAGCUGACUCUCUUAAGACAUCUGGCCCUGUUUGCUGUUGGGUGUGGUAGAGAUGAUGCAAGAAUCUCAGAGCUGGAAAAUCUUGAUAUGAUAAGUGGACGUAUGGAAAUCACCAACCUUAAAUACCUGAAGGGUCCAAGUGAGGCAGAAAAGGCCAUGUUGAAGCGGAAGAAUAUAUGGAGUUUGGAGUUGACCUGGUCUUCCAGUCAAACCAAAGAAGAGAUAGUAUCAGAUGUGGAACAAGAUCAGGGUGUACUUAAUGCUCUUGAACCACCAUCACAAAUUGAGAACUUGAAAAUCUGUAGGUCUUCAAGUCAAACCGAAGAAGAGAUAGUAUCAGAUGUGGAACAAGAUCAGGGUGUGCUUAAUGCUCUCGAACCACCAUCACAAAUUGAGAACUUGAAAAUCUGUGGUUACAGAGGCUCCAUUUUGCCAUGUUGGAUGACAAAGCUAAAUGAUUCUUCUUUCUGUGCUGGUAUAGUGUUCAAGCAGGCCAGUUUAUGUCAGUUCCUUUCUCUAACAAAAAUGACACUAGAAGAAUUUCCUAACUUGAAGUAUAUACGAGGACUUCAGGAGUUUCGUUCGCUAAAGUCCCUCUCUCUGGUCAAAAUGGCUAACUUAGAGGAGCUGUGGACUACGACAAGCAGUUCUGGAAUUCAGGGGGAAGAAUCAGAAGCACAAUACUGUUUUCCUGUCCUGUCUGAAGUUCGCAUUACAGGCUGCCCAAAAUUGAAUGUGAAGCCCUACUUCCCACCAUCGUUGGUGUCAUUGUCUUUUGAAGAAAGCAACGAGCAACUUCUAUCCCUAGGUAGUUUCUCCCUUCCACUUCCUCCACCUGCUGAUGAGUCUUCGUCAUCCUGCAAUCUGCAGUCUGCAGCGCGUUGUCUCAGGGAACUACGACUAAGAAAAAUGAUGGGAUCAUCAUCUAACUGGGAAUUCCUGCAGAGCCAAACUGAACUGGAAACCUUGCAUAUUGACUGCUGCGAUGAUCUGAAAGAAUUACCUGAUAACAUUCGAAACCUCACCUCCCUGAGGAAGUUGUGCGUAACAGGGUGCCAGAACCUUACAAUGCUUCCCGAGUGGCUAGGCGAACUGCGUUCUUUGCAAUUCCUGUUUGUCUUCAUGACACCAAUGAUUGACAGCCUCCCACAAUCAACAAAGCACCUUACGUCCCUUACCUCAUUGCAAAUUUGUCGUUGGGACGAGAUGAAGGAGCUGCCUGACGUGAUUCGGCAUCUCACCUCCCUUGAAUUGCUCAACUUGGUACUAUGUGAUGCUCUGACUGAGCUGCCAGAGUGGAUUGGACAGCUCUCGGCACUUCGUACUCUGAAGAUCCAGUAUUGCCCUCGCCUUGAAUGCCUGCCCCAGUCCUUACAACGGCUUACUGCUCUCCGCGAAUUGCACAUCGGUGGCUGCCCUGGGUUGGUUAGUCGUUACAAGCAAGGAGUAGGCCCGGACUGGCAACUGAUCUCUCACAUUCCUAAUAUUCGCAUAUAUUAG